UUUUAAACUUUACGGCUAUGACGGCGCCUCUUUCUUUGUCUGCAUAACGGUUACACUUUGGGAACCUAAAAAAUAAUGGCAAGUUGAACGGAUAGAUAAGGCAGAGGGUAGAAUAUUUUGGUAAAUUUUUUUUAAAACCCCGAACCGUAAUAUAGCUUCUUUUUAAUUCGUUUCCGCCAAGAACAGCCACAGCAGUUCCAGACUGCCCUACGCUGCAGAGGCCAAGCAGACACGCUACAACACCCACGUUGCUGCAUAGGCUGCCACGCACCCAAUCAGAACGGUGCUCACAUGGACGCGGCCAAUAGCAUCGCUGAACAGACUCCCCAGCUUAACUUAAAUUAUUAUUAACCAGGGAUAUAACUACUACACAAGGAGCAUAGGAUAGUGUGAACCUUUCAGAGCAUAUGAAAUUAACACACUAAUUUAUGUAGUUAUUCUGUUUGUUUAAGAAAUUAGCUUAAUUGAGUCUACCGUGGCUAUGCCGUCCAUAAUUUUGCCCUGUAUUUUCCAUACCAAUGGCCGUUGACAGCUUCAUACAAAAGAACAAUGGACCCAGAACUCGACGUGAACGCUACCCUGAACAUCGACUUGCCAGCUGCCAACUGCCAAUUCUGCACCCACACUUUUCAAUUUAGCAUUUUCAUAUUAUUUGCUUUGUUUAUCUUGUAACUUGUCACGUUAAUCAUCCAUUUCUAUAUCAUUUUUCCCAUGAUGUGACAACUCAGCGCAAGCAACCCGGCGUUUGGCCGUCGGCAAAGGUCCGCCUCAUUGGUAUGCGUCUCAUCAUCAGAUGACCUGGGCAAAGCAAAUUUGGUCUUCCACACUUCCAAAUACGUCAAAAACAAAGCCAGGGUACCCCUUGCUUGCCAACAGUAACAAAAAAUGUCAAAAUAUGCAUAAGGCGGACAGCCCGUCAUCAUCACCGCAGCAAUGCCGGUAGGGCUUGGCUAAUGAAUGCCAUUAUGCCCCCAGUCGACUCGUUGUUAUUCUUGGCCUCGUAUGAUGCAUCCCGGGAAUACCUUCUUUUGUCAAGGCAACUACUUUUGCUCCAAAAAAUUGUCGCGUUGUGGGCAGCGGCAUCGAAACCGCAUCGCCGGUACUUCCCAUCACGCCACCAACAUUGCAGUGGCAGACGCGCGACGAAAGGAAAACAAUGUCUCUCUACCAAGGGCACCACUUCAGCCCGCCCGUCCGCUCGAUCGGGGCAAUCAAGGGAAGCAGACCAGAAGUCGUCUCUUGCCCCGAUCCGAUGGAAUCCAACCAGCACCUGGGAUCCUGUUUCACUCCUCUGGUGCCGCCACAGUGUCUAUACCCGAUUCCAUGGCAAAGUGCGCAAACUAGACCUGAUCUAUCACACUUUGUUUUUUUUCCACCAUAGCCAGAGACAAACCCGUAUCGAGCUUCUUGUUGUUUGUCGGCAAUGGGUGAAUGCUGGAAACAUGCAUCGUCCCUCUAACCGAGCCGUAUGACGAGGCCUUCUAGGAUAACAAGUCAUGGGCUUAUUUUUAUUUUUAUUGUAUUAUGCACAACUCCGCCUUCUGGCAUAAGGAGAGCACUAGUGUACAGUACCUGCAGUAUGCAGCUGGUUGAGACGAGGUCCAAGCAAUGUGUUUUGUGCAGAGGUCUCUCCCCGCAGCGGCGCGACUCUGAUAACGUGCAAGGUGCGCGCCGGGCCCAACGUUGGUUGACCCUGCGUUAUGCUACGUGCGAACCACUGCCGCACCAAAGUGAACCCUGCAGGCCUAGUGCAAGACGCCACGAUAUGCCCGCGCUCCUAGCAGAGGGAUUUGCGGGUGAGCGCACACUGCCGGUACAGCAGAACCAGUCCAAGCUUCACGCAACGUGAUCUUUUAACGUGUUUGAACAAAGCUGACUAGAUGCACGGACGCUUCGGCUACACUUUGAGCGGUGACCUACAGUACCGGGCUGUUCCCACCACCGUAGCCGCAACAGUCGCUGUUAGUGUAGAGCCGAAGCAAUAUUUUGUGGCAUCCGAGCGGCUUCCAUCAUGCAAGGGGACAGGGGUUGCAGCGGCGGUCCUCCUGCCACAGACCUGAAUCUGGCCACGGCGUGUUCCCGAGAGAAGCUUGCGACAGGGAGACAAGAAGCAUGGGAAAGGUUGAUUUGUCUCCUCUCAACAUGGGCGUUUUCGCAGACGGGUGUCUUGGGUCGUAGGCUUUACGCUGGGAAAACCAGCGCAGACGGGCUGAGGGAGUGCGCGUUGCAUACCAGUCCAGCGUCGUCUGUUGAGCGCCGCCGAGGCAGGGCAGACGGCAUAACCAAGUAGAGCAGCAACAGCAACAGCAGAACCCAGUUGUGCGCGCCGCACGGCUAUGCACCGAAGCGCCCCAGGGCAAAAACUCGGCCGGACCACCACAUCCUCUGCCUGGAAUGCCGCAAGCGAGUGCGGCCGCCCAUCAGCAAGCACCGGGUCUGCAGCGCCGCCACACAGACGGGCUGGGAUGGGUGGGCUGCCCCACGCCAUGUCUCAAGCGUGUGUUUUUCCAUGUAUACCUUGCCUGCAAAAAGAUGCAGUGUGAGGUUGGUGUCUUGAGACGCUGCUAUAUCUAUGCUUCUGGUCCCUACCUAGCCCUGCUGUGCGACUCUGGAGAUGAUCCCCUUUCCCAUUAAACAUCAACAAACUAAUUAAAGCAGCACUCUACACCAACAUCCACAGCAAAUGGCCACAAGGACCUCGACUUACACGAUGGAGCGCAACAGCAAGCUUGCCGAGAUCAAGCUUGUCACCAAGCACUGCUCCUACGCCAACUACUCAUAUCCCCGUCGCGAUGACGGCACCUUUGUAAACACCAUCCGCACCGUCAACGACAGGACAUCACUGGGCUCGGAAGGCACUGCCCCCGGCUUGAUUGACGACAGAUCCGACUCUGAAGCAUCGCAAGAGGAUGAGGACUACCACGCCAACACUUCUGAACUCUGGGACAGCUUUUGGCAACCGUCUCCCAAACAGGAGCGUUUGCCUACCAAGGUUGAAGCAGACAAGCACUAUCCUGCCCUCAUCCCCCCUCAUCACAACCACACGCGAGAUCGCUCGCAAGACUCUUACGAUGGAUGCAUCCCCUCAUGGCCGCUUCCUGAUUCCCGUCCUGCCCCAAGAGCCCGCAAGCCUGCCGCCUCUUACUCUGCUUUCCCAAGCAACCGUCCUCACUCAAUACAGAAGAGACUCAGCAUCGCCAAGAUUGACGGUGUUCCCGUCCGUCCACCCAGACCUACUGAUCUCAUUCUCGCCCCUUGCCUGAACCAGAGCCCAAUUGUUUCGUCUUUUGCCGCCUCAUAUGGCGCCGUCUCUCCCAUCCUGAGCGUAUCGUGUAACAGCGAAUCCGCCGUUGAGCCUCGCUCCACCAAGUCCCUUGACGGCCGUCCCAAUGACAUCCCGACAAUGGCCAGACGCGCCUCCAUGGUGUUGAUGCGCAAGCCCUCUCUCCACGCGAUCAAGGUUCGCACUCCCCGACAUACCAAGUCGGUGAGCAACUUUGCCUUCCCUCAAACUGAAGUUGAGCCCGUUCCUCCUACUCCCCAGAGCAUCACAUUCAACGAACACCAAUCGUUCUUUGACCAUGACGACUCUGACUGUGAGGACAACUCCAAGAGCUUCCGCUUCCGCUUUCACAAGCGCGGCAGCAGCGAGGCCAAGCCUUCAGAGAAGAUGGACGCGAAGCAAAAGCACAAGCUUCGCAUCCGCGCCGAUACUCUUCCCAACUCUCCCGUGGAAUCUGUAUCCGACGCCGGACACAAGGAGAAGCCCAAGCGUCAAGUUGACGUGUUUGGCCGCAUCCUUGGACGACGCAGCCAUUGAGGGCAAAACUAUACGAACUUUUCACGAUUUUCUUUCUUUCUGCAUAUUCGGCGGCGUUGGGAUCUAUGACUUUUUACGGCCUUUCAACUUUUCACGACAUUAUUUUACUUUCCUUUUCACCAACUCUUUUUUUGUCGGCAUCUUCAUGAUGAGCGGGGAGAUGGCACUUACACACUUGGACCCCAGAACGCGACUUGCUUGCCCGGAAUCCCACAGAACGGCGAGAGUUGCGAAAACAAAGCAUCCAAAGAGGGGUAUCAAAACAAUGGCAGCAUUUCUGACAGUUACGCGACAAUCGCCGAUCGCCGUACUGCCAGACUUGAAGCCAUAGGGAAAAAGGUCAACAGUGGGCGGCCAAGCUGCAUUCCAGGCACAAUGUUGCUACCCACAGCCCUUUGUGUCUGUCUCAACAGAACGCGGGCAGAUGCCUCUACUGUUUUUUUUUUCCUUUUUUAAUUUAUCGUACUUUACAUGUAAAUAGCUUUUUACCAUUUCCGUAUAUAAAACAGAACCAUUUUUUUUC